UUUAUCAUGGAAUCUGUAUCUUGCAAAUGGUUUUUACUUUCAUUUCUUCUCAUUUCUUGGGCACACUCUGCUUUGUGCGUCGUGAAUGGAGUGACUGGUGGGAGAGUAAGAGGUGUGAACUUGGGUAAUUGGUUAGUUAUUGAAGGAUGGAUGAGUAAACCUUCACUAUUUGAUGGUAUUCUUGCAGGAGAUAUGCUUGACGGAGCAAAGGUUCGGUUUCAAUCUCUGAGCUUAAAUAAGUAUGUAAGUUCAAAGUAUGGAGGAGAUACUGGAGUUGUCACCGUUGACCAAAACAACGCCAGUACUUGGGAAACCUUCAGAUUAUGGAGGGUAAAUGAGUCGGAUUAUCAGUUUCGUACUCUAAAUGGACAGUUUCUAUCCUGUCCUGGGAAAGGGGCCUCUGUCACCACAACAUCAAAAUUACCAUCUUUGAAUGAAACAUUUACUAUUGUAAGAUCGAGCGAAGAUAGAGUGAUUAUUAAACAUUCUAGUGGAACAUAUCUGCAGGCAUCGCCUGGAAAUAAGAUCACAGCAGACUAUGUUGGGACCCCAGGAUUUAAUGAUGGUAACGCAGCUGUAUUCAGAAUGACUUUUGAUGGUGACCAUAUGCAAGGAGAGUACCAGCUAUGCAAUGGGCAUGGACUGAAAAAUGCAACAAAAGUGCUGACUGAACAUAGGAACAGCUACAUUACAAGAGAAGACUUUCAGUAUCUUAGCCAACACAGUAUAAACACCGUGAGGAUUCCUGUUGGGUGGUGGAUUGCCCAAGAUCCCAACCCACCAGCUCCUUAUGUAGGGGGAAGUUUGGCAGCUCUAGACAGUGCAUUCAAAUGGGGACAGGAGUUCGAAAUAAAAUGCAUAAUCGACCUUCACGCAGCUCCGGGUUCCCAAAAUGGAAAGGAUCACAGUUCUAGUCGCGAUGGUUUUAUUGAAUGGACAAAAUCAGAUAAUAUUCGGCAAAGCCUUAAUGUUAUAGAAUUCCUAGCUUCCAGGUAUGGAAGCGAUCCAGCUCUAUUGGGGAUUGAGCUUUUGAGUGGACCAAGUUAUCCUGAUGUUCCUUUCGAUACCUUACAGAAGUACUACAAGGACGGAUAUGACAUUGUGAGGAAACAUUCACCCACAGCUUAUGUAAUAAUGUGUCAGUUGUCAGGCAAUAAUGGUGCUGACCCAGAUCCAGCAGCACUUUAUCAAGCCAACACUGGUAAUGGCAAAUCAAACGUUGUGGUGGACUUGCACUACUAUAAUGUCCACAAUUCACUAUUCGAUAAUAUGAGCGCACCGCAGCAUAUUAAUUAUUUACAUGAUACCCGGAAAACUCAAAUGGAUUCCCUAAACGCUGCUGAUGGACCAUUGGUGUUUAUUGGUGAAUGGGUGAACCAAUUUGGCAAAGGCGAGUGGUCUCAGAGGGAAUAUCAAAACUAUGGUAGUGCACAGCUACGUGUGUAUGGUUCAGCUUCUUUUGGAUGGGCAUAUUGGUCACUCAAGAAUGAUGCUGAUAAUCAUUGGUCUUUCAAGUGGAACAUCGACAACAAUUACCUCCAGUUAAAUCCAGGCAGCAAGGCUGUUUGGAAGAUCGUCGUACCUGUUUUCCUUGUGAUGGCAACUAUCAUGUGCGUCUUAACCUAUAUAUAUCUGAUCAAGAGAAAUAAAUAUUAUAAAAGAGAAAGACUGAAAGGACUCCAAGGGGUGUUGACAGAUUUGAUGAAAUCCAAGGCUACCUACAACGAUACUCCAGAUAAUUCGUUUGAUGAUGGUAACACAGAAGGAGAAACACAGGAAUUGCAAAUAUUUAACUAUAGUUGUUUAUCCAACGCUACAAAUAACUUCUGCUUGGAAAAUAAAUUGGGAGAAGGAGGGUUUGGGCCAGUUUAUAAGGGUAAAUUGCAAAACGAGAAGGAAAUAGCAGUGAAACGACUGUCUAAACACUCUGGACAAGGUAUUGAAGAGUUCAAGAACGAGGUUGUAUUGAUCUCCAAACUUCAACAUCGUAACCUUGUGAGACUGUUGGGUUGCUGCAUUCGAGGAGAAGAAUACAUGUUAAUUUAUGAAUACAUGCCCAAGGGUAGCCUGGAUACGUUUCUAUUUGUUCCAAGUAAGAAAGCACAAGUGGAUUGGGAUAAGCGCUUCAAUAUUAUUGGAGGGAUUGCUCGGGGUCUUCUUUACCUUCACCGUGAUUCUCGUUUAAGAGUUAUUCAUAGAGAUCUUAAAGUCAGUAACAUUUUAUUGGAUGAAAACAUGACCCCAAAAAUUUCAGACUUUGGUAUGGCACGGAUAUUUGGUGGUAAUCAGAUUAUUGCGGAAACUAACCGGGUUGUUGGUACAUUUGGUUACAUGUCUCCAGAGUAUAUAAUGGGAGGCACAUUUUCGGAAAAGUCGGAUGUCUUUAGUUUCGGAGUGUUGAUACUAGAAAUUAUCAGCAGUAAGAGAAAUAACAGCUUUUACAAUCCUGAACAACCUUCAAACCUUCUACUUCAUACUUGGAAGCUUUGGAACGAAGGGAAAUGGUCAGAGGUUGUGGACGAGGCUUUGGGUGAUUUAUAUUCUGCAUUAGAGGUGGAAAAAUGUGUACACAUCGGUCUAUUAUGUGUUCAAAAUAGAGCAAUAGACAGGCCAACCAUGGCUGAAGUAGAUCUCAUGCUUAUCAGUGAAACUGAUCGUCCAUCUCCAAAAGAACCUCCAUAUACUUUUCCAGCAUCAUCAGAUCGGUCGGGGUCGGAUCCCAUUUGCUGCUCAAGUAAUAAUAUCACUUUCACUGCACUUGAAGGUCGAUAGGAGGCCAUGUAUAUAUUUCAAUCAUUGGAAAUUUGGAACAUAUUAUAAACUAGGUAAUGCCGCCAGAAUGGUUACUUUGGAAUUGCAUAUAUGAAAUAUAUAAUCAUAUUACAAUUAUGUUCGGAAAAACAUUAAGAUUAGAUCAAUUAUGAAU